AUGUCCAGAUCAUCGGCGUCCGGGACGACGACGUUCCGUCGGUUCCGCGACGUGGACCCCAACCGCGUGGACCUCUCCAUCGCCGGCUCGUUCGACGAAACGCUAGCAUCAUUCGACGACGAUCACGUCCACGCGGUCCCGGUGACGCUGUCGUGCAACGCGACGACGGUCCCGGGGCAGCGCGUCGUCGCCGUGGGCACGUGGUGCGACUGGGACGUCGCGAAGGGCGCGCGCAUGGAGUGGACGGAAGGUGCGAAGGCUGACUGA